UGGCACAAUCACGCUCUCGCCUAGCGCAGAAGCUCCGCCCGCCGAUCCGCCGGCCACGCUCCCGCCGCAUGUCGCAAGGCAAGGGAGCCAAGAGGCCGAUCGUGCACCAAAAUCGUCAAUCGUCGCGCAGGGUGGAGAAGGCACCCGACUGACGUCAGAGCGGCCCCCCCACUGGCCUCGGGCUCUGGCUCUGGCUGGAGAGUGAUGGCCUGUAAAAAGGCAAGCCACCCGCUCCUCAAUUUCCUCCCAUCAUCCCAUCCACUAUCGCCAUCACUCCCGCCACCACACCCCACCGUCACCGUCACAAUGAACGAGCGCGCGAUCCGCAUCACCCACGGCAUCAUCUUCCUCUUGGUGUUCCUUGUCGGCAUCAUCACCCUAGGCAUCUCGGGUUAUCUCGUCGGAUACUACAACAAGAACGGGUACCCGCCGCAGCACAAUGCCGCGUACCGUGACCGUAUCCGCAUCACGCUCGUCGCGUCGGUCUGGACAUGUGUCUUUGCGCUGUUCCUCGGCAUCGGAUUCCAGGUCGCGGGCCAUUCGCUCUUCAUGGGCAUCCUGACGCACCUGAUCCCCAUGUCCAUCGCAUUCCUCCUGUACCUCAUCGGUGUGUCCUCGCUCACCGCACUCAUCUCCAAGGUCUCGUGCGACGACCCGCGCCAGGACUUUGCCAAGUGCCAAUCGGUGUGGAGCCUCAUGGGUGCUGGCUGGGCCGAAACGAUCCUCGUCUUCAUCGCCCUCGUCUUCAUCAUCGGCAUCGCGUUCAAGGCGCGCGCAUGGGGCGGUGUCCGCCGCCAGACCAUGUACGUCGACUAAGCGAGAGCCGCCGUACGCGUACACGAUUCAGAGUAGCAGAUCUUCUUGGAUAGCAGCUAGACACGCCCUUAGUUACAGCCGUAUAAUGUUAAUGUGAUCCAUGAAAUCUUGCCAUAUAGA